CGGGGUAUUCCUUUCUUUUCUGAGGGGGUUAAAUCUCAUAAUCGCUGGAGAUAGGCUUAUCGACUUGCUUGCUACCAGGAAUAGUCCUUGCCAACAGCUUCAAAGUCUGAAUUGUUAUCUCAAUUCGCCCCUCCACCAAUUGGCUUGAACGUAUUUCCGCGGAGUACUGGACUGCCAACCGUUUUGAAUGAUUCAUUCCCCACGACCUGCCCCGUGGAGAAUCACCUAAAUCAGGCCCGUUCACAUCUCACAUAUAAGCUGGCCUCAAUCUGAACUCAACAUUUCGCUUAGAGAAGAAAAGACUGGGAAGGAGUGUUCAAACCCGCCUUGGUGUGAAGCUCCCACCAUGAAGGAUACAUCAUCUAAGAACGCAGCCCAAGUUCCCCUGUUGGCGGCUAUAAAUGCAGACUCCCAAGUGCACUUGAUCAUUGGAGCAAAUCCUCUCGCUGCAGCCCGUUGUGCUAAGAGCGUGGAGGCUGGCGCACACCCGGUGGUGAUCGCGCCCGAAGAGGAGAGUUUACAGUUCACUUUAGCGGGACAUAUUGAAAAUGGCUCCGCAAAAUGGGUUAAGAGGCAAUUUCAAGAUGACGACUUAACUACCCUUGGACGGGAAGAGGUUGACCAUGUCGUGGAUAUGGUUUUCGUUACUAUUGGCGCAAAUCAUCCUCUGAGUUCUCAUAUUUCAAAAAUCUGUCGGCGGCUCAGAAUCCCAGUGAAUGUGUCUGAUGCACCGGAUCUAUGUACCUUUAGCUUGCUUUCCACUUAUUCAGAAGGCCCCCUCCAUAUUGGAAUCACGACCUCAGGACGGGGGUGCAAGUUGGCGUCUCGAUUAAAGAGAGAAAUAUCAGCUUCCCUUCCACCUAACCUUGGGUCUGCUAUAGAUAAGCUCGGAGCAGUUCGAAAACGCCUGUGGAAAGAGGAUUUCGCCGCUGGUCUUUGUGAUGUGACAUUAGAUGUCGAUGAAGAUGACUCGACUGGCCAAAAGCACACAUUCAACACAUUGGUAACAGAGGACGACGUCAACACCGCCAAAACCCGGCGCAUGCGUUGGCUCUCCCAGAUCUGCGAGUAUUGGCCUCUGCGCAAGCUUGCGUCGAUUACCGAUUCGGACAUCGAAUCAAUUCUCCAGGCGUACAGCGCAGGAAAGGAGAACAUCACCGAUACUAAUAGUAUUCAGUUUUCCGAGAAGAGAGGGAAAAUCGUUUUGGCAGGCUCAGGACCUGGCCACCCGGAUCUCCUCACUCGCGCAACAUAUAAAGCCAUCCAGAAUGCCGAUAUAAUCCUGGCGGAUAAACUCGUACCUGCGCCGGUUUUGGAACUGAUUCCACGCAGGACGGAGGUCCAUAUUGCGCGCAAGUUUCCAGGCAAUGCUGAUCAUGCCCAGGAGGAGUUCCUGCGAAUGGGCCUGGAAGCUUUGCAAAAAGGUCGCGAGGUGCUUCGUUUGAAGCAGGGCGAUCCAUACCUUUACGGACGUGGGGGGGAAGAGUUCGAGUUUUUCCGCGCUGAAGGAUAUACACCUGUCGUCUUACCUGGCAUUACUAGCGCAUUGAGUGCCCCCCUAUUUGCCGAGAUCCCUGCGACUCAUCGCGGGGUGUCCGAUCAGGUCCUGGUGUGUACCGGCACUGGAAGGAAAGGCGCAGCACCGGAGCCUCCGACAUAUGUACCUACGCAGACGGUUGUGUUUUUGAUGGCUUUGCACCGCCUCUCCUCCCUCGUUGAGACACUGACCGCUCCACCCGCGGAAGGCGAACCUUCUUCUUCUCCCUCCUCUCGAACACUCUGGCCAAAGGAUACGCCAUGUGCCAUUAUCGAGCGUGCUUCAUGCAGUGACCAGCGGGUGAUCCGUUCCACGCUGGAGCAUGUUUGUCAAGCAUUUGAAGCUGAGGGAUCCCGACCACCUGGGCUACUUGUGGUCGGAGCCAGCUGCCAUAUUCUCCAUAAGCCAGAUGGCCAGAAAUGGAUUGUUGAAGAGGGAUUUCGCGGACUCGACGAGCUGCAGAGCACGACAAAUGCACCACCGAUGCUGAGUGAAACAGCAUAGAGUCAUGAUGCCAUGCUUUUCAAAACGACGGCGUUGGAUAUGAUACCCACAUAGAUAUGUUGAUUAGAAAGAAAUGUAUAUAAUCGAAUUAAAACUCUCAAUACUCGAG